AUGGCACAUGGCGAAAAUGGGGAGCAAGCUGGGACAGGGCCCAUCUGUGUUGGGCUCUAUCAGGGUUCAUUUAGGCCACAACCAACCACUGAUACAAAACGCAGUGAGGCCCAUGUCCCUCUCGUCUCCUAUACGGACGGAGAAAAAGAGAUGCGAGGAGUCGGAGGUCCACUGCUCACCAUCGGGGAUCUACUCAGCGACCUCGCCGUCGACGGCGGUGACGACCCCCUCAUCGGCGUCGGAGAUGCGUCCGCCCCCUCCUCUCCAUCGGCGGCGCAGCAAUCGAGGAAGGCCGAUCCGUCCGAUCUCAGCCGGCUCUUCGAGGAACACUACAACAAUUUGAUGAAGGCUCUACAAGAGAAGGAUCCUUCAUGGCCCUCGCUGAUGCUGAAGAAGGUGAAGGCACUGGAGGACGUCCUUGAGAGGGGUGAUCAUGCGGUGGCAGAGAUUGUAGAAGCUCUCCAGAGGUCAGGCCUCGCCAAGGAUCGUCACGGUUCCCAGUCAAAAACGGCUAGCAAGUAG